AUGGCGUCCUUGAGUGAGCAAAGUCGAGUAAGGGAAUUGUUCGAUAAUAUGACUUUAGGAGUCGUUCGAUCUCUUGGUAAGUUUGAAACUAAUAUGUUUAAAUGUAUAAUAAUCAGAACAAGAAUGGUAAUACUCGUUUUGACAGCAAACACAAAAGCAACAACCGUCGAGUCAUCUGCAACAUCGAGAGAUUUGGAAACACAAAGUAGCGGGCAGAAAAUAGCAAGUGAUAAAGAGUUUUAGGCAGCGUUUUUUAGUGAAAGUAAAUUUUGUUGUAGAAAAGAAGCCUGGUGUGACAGAUGUGCGUCUACUGGAUAGGCAGCCUGCAGAAAAACACAUCAUCUUCACAUGGGAGCAGGUCAGACAUUUUACGGUAUUUGAUAAUCAGUAGAUGGUUGAGGAUUUUCGUUACUAUCAUUGCUGGGUCAGUUGCUCACCUGCAGUGAUCAGCAAACCGUUAACUUUAUUUCUAAUCAACGACAUCAAUAAGUAAAUCAAUGAGCCAAUGAAUAAAGGGUUAAAUUUCUAUAGAGUGGUGUUGUAUUGUUGGGGGAGAGAAAAACAAAUAUUUAGUUCUAUCAACUGACAGGGCUGAGAGAGAGAGAGAGAGCUGAGAGUCCAGGAGCCAGGAAUUUCCCCUGGGUUUUACUUCCACAGAAAACAAAAGAAAAAUAUAGAACGAAAAGAACUUUCUAGCUUUUAGAUCCUCACCUACUUAUGCAACCUUGUUCCCAUUGUCCUCUCCUACUUGGCCCCAGUGGCGUCUCUCUCGCCAUGGGGGCCAAGAAGGAGAGGACCCUGGGAACGAGGUCGCUACUAAGGCCGCUACUAAUAUUUUGCCGCAUUGCAACAUAGCAAUUAGCUAAUAAAUAAUUAAUGAUUAACUAGAAAAAAUCUAACCAAAAAAGGCAUCUGUUAAGAGUAUCAGUUUUUUACACAUAUUACACCAAAAUAGAAGUAGAAAAACUAAUUAAUUGCUCUAAUAAUGAUGUUAUUUCAUUUGUUUAUUGUGUUUGACAGAAGAACAUGUGUAUCCUUCCAGAUGACUUGAAAAGCUUUUUCCUGACAACAAAUGGCCUUUUGAUACAGUGGAGCAUCAAGUUUGAUGGUGACAAUAAAAACACUGCUAAACCAUUUUGAAAUUGAAACUUUUCUGUACAUAGAAUUGCAGAAGAUGGUCAUUGAUUAAUAAUUCUUAUAGAGCGAUUUUCAUAUCACCUUGAAAAAUGGUUUCAGUAAGUGUUUGUUAUUUGUUUUAUCAGCUAAUGGAUAAAAAGAUCAAAACAUGGACUCUUUGUUUUCCUGGCAAAGAAAACCCUAAUAUGGAGAAGGCAUUGUUUAAUUGGCCAAUCGUGUUGCAGUAUGAUGUCAAAGCAAAGUAUCGAUUGAUUUCAAGAAAGUUCUCAGGCAUGAAGUUUUUUCAGUCGAGCGUUCACUUAACCAACCAAAAUUAAGCCACGCACAUUUGUAUCUGUUUGAUAAACCAAUCAAAUCACUCUAUUUGCAUUCGUUUGUUGUUUCUGUUUUGUUCGUGCAUUUUCAUUUCAAGGUCAUAAAAAAUUGCUCUAUUGUCCUUUGUUUUCAGGGAGUGUCUUACCACUUGGGAAGAUGGAACUUAAUCCUGUAGCAGGUUUAGUGUUGCUAUCACGAGCAACAGCUGUUUGUGAUGAUAAACCAUCUUUGGCUGAUUUAGACUCCGAGGAAGAUGACGAUGAUGAACAUGGUAACUUUCUUUCAACUACUGAGAUCAAUUGUCUUAUCCCUAUUAUUUUUUGUACUGUCUUAUUACAUGAAGAGGUUAUUAAUUUCCCCUCCCUAAAGAUAGCUUUUUUAAUAGAUUAAUUUUUAAGUAUCAUAAACUAGCUUUAUGAAUAUUAGAUCUUAGAAAUUUAAUAAUUGAGUUCACUUAAUGUAUUCAUAUUAUUAUUCAUUGAUAAAUUCUUUGAGUAACCCUCCCGGGAUUUUUUCCUGAGACAAUAAUAAUUGUUUUAAAUCAAAUAAUUUCCUUUACAUUAAUCACUGCAGGUCAUGUAAAGCCACACUUUGACAACCGCUGUAAGGUUUUUGAACUUGAUCCAUGUGAUGGACAUGGUAAAGUCUGCUUGGUUUACAAAGAUGUGAAAGCUGGUAGGUGAAAUUCUGCUAACAUGUAAUCAGGUUAGACUUUACAAUAUGCAGAGGGCUUUAAAAUAAUUCAUCAUUCAUGGCAUUCAAUAUGUUGAAGAGUUUGAAAGAAAGUCAUGUCCGAUAGCCCAAGGCUAGUGGAUUUUGCUAUCGGGCUAGUGAAUUCUCUUUUUAGUACAAGCUAGCUACAGCUUGCCCGAAUGGCAGGCUGUAAAACUGCUUUUCCUUGCACCCUGGAGGGAGGGGGGGCUUUAAUAGAGGAUUUACAUUAUAGAUACUUAAUUAUUAUUAUAAUAUCUUGUUUGCCUUAGGAGUAACUACCAGUCAGCCAGAAAUUUGGUUUCUGGAUCGUUCCCUGGAGUGGUCGUAUCUUGCAUCUUGCUUCACAGAUUACUUUAGAAUGAUGAUAGUGCACCUUGGUCUUCCUGUCUGGCAAUACCUUUUUACCUCAACAGGACUCAGUCCAGAAACAAAGGUUAGUUUUGCAGUUCCCAUGCUAAAUGCUUUCACUCAAAAUAAUACAGUGGCCAAGGUAAAAAUCUCCCUUAAAAAUUAAAAACUCUAAAAACUAUUAAGCAAAAUUUGGUCAAAUAGGUUUUUCCUGAAUGGUUUUUAAAACCUGUAGGAUUUUUCAACAGAUUUAAUAGUAAGAGAGACAAGUAAUUUCACCAUAACUUAGCAUAGGAGUGAAAUUAAUGAGGGUGAAAAGGAAGGGUAGUGGCUAGGAAGUGGAGAGCAAUUAAAGGGGAGCAUAAUGCGCAAUAGUUAAUUUUCAUGGGAUUGCAAACAUGAUGGCCAGUUUCUAAGACUGUAAAGCUGUCAUAUCUUGAAGGUCAGGUUUUUGUCUAAUAAGAAAUGGCAAUGUUAUAAACAGCUCCCUCGCUAUCCUGAAAAUAUAAAAACAAAAUUGUCAAUGGGAUCUAUACCCCUCCCCUGUGCCUAAAUGUGCUGCAAUUGCAGCUUACAGGAAGGAAUUUACGGUAGGUCAUCUUAACUGUUGAAAUAAUCAUUCUUUUUCUCACCAGCAAUGGUUUAAUCUUUAUGCACCAACAAGAUUAGCAAUUGACACAGCUAACAUGGAUCAACAAAGCAAACAGAAAGCAAGCCCAGCAGAAGUUAAUCAGCCAGCUACAAGUCUUCCAUUCAAUGCAUUGGAUGUCAACAGACUUUUUAAGGGUAAAACAGACAAAGUAAAGAGUAAACAGUCCCAGGCAAAGAAACCACCACCAGGGAAGACUCAGAAUCUUGGUCAAAGUCGCGGUGGGCAACUUGGUAGAAUGCCCCCAAGAUGAGUGCAAUCUAUGACUGAUUAGUGCCUACAGAAGCAGGGUGUCAAGUUCACACUCUUCUGAGACUGUCAGUCAAAGAUUAGAACAAGUGACUGAGAAAGCACUUAUUAGUCACGAUCAGCCUUCACUUAAAAUGCAGUCAAAACCAUUCAGUCUCAGAGG